UGGUACAGGUACAGUUCCCAACCUAAACUUUAUUAGAGAAAAUUGAACAAGUUCAUAAUACAAGGCUAUAGCAGAAUGGCUAGGUUCUUGCUAGCAUGCGUUUUGGUAUUGCUGAUGACUUUCGUCACAUGCAGAUGCCAGGAGACUGAUUUACAUCUCGUCAAUGCCCUGCUGGAAAAAGUCGAAGAUGUCACAAGACGGUUGGCCGCUAUGAAGAAUGAAGCAGCGUCGAUUCGGAAAAGCAUGGAAAUGGACUCAGUUGAAGUCAAAGAUGUAGCCAGUACGAUGGACAACGGCGAAAAUGAGCGCAUUGUAGAUAUAGACGUCGAUGAUGACAUCGAGAAGCGUCAGUUGCGUUCAAAUUCCGUCCACCAAGCUGCUUCGGUGACCUACGUGAGAUGGGGACGGAAAACGUGCCCUCAACAUGCAGAACUGGUCUAUGAAGGGGUCAUUGGUGGAUCACACUACGCUCACAGUGGGGGCGGUGCUAACUACCUCUGCAUGCCCUACCAACCAACCUACGACACACCUGCAACGGGUUCACAGUCCACCCGUGGCCUACUCUACGGGAGUCAGUACUACACCAACGACUUCGAACCAUACAACCAGCUCUACAAGCACGAUCCGCCCUGCACUGUCUGUAGGGUCCCGUCACGUAGCACCACCUACACCGUACCCGCCCGCAACGUGUGCCCCUCGGGAUGGAACAUCGAGUACACUGGCUACAUGAUGACGAGCCAAUACGGACAGAAACGCACCCGGUUCAUCUGCAUGGACGAGAAUGCCGACUACGUUUUCUGGACCAGCUACGAUCAAGGGACGGCCGCUAUGCUCUAUCCCGUAGAAGUUAGAUGCGUGAACGGCGGAAGCAUACCUUGUGCACCGUACGUGAGCGGAGACGAACUGACGUGCGCUGUUUGUACGUCCUAG